AUGAUCUCUCCAUUCUUGUCAUUUCCUAAUAUAUUACUUGCUUCUAGUAAUCAAACACAAGCUGCUAUGUCUACAACAGAAGUAAAUAAGUGGUUAUAUAUUUUAAAGGGAGUUUCUAUUUUUCAUAUUAUAUUUGGUUCUAUAGGAUUACUUACUCCAAAUAUAGUUUGGGCAAUAUUUCAAAUUAGUACCUUGGGAUGUUUUGGUUUAUAUAUAUCUAUAAGGAAAUCUCCCAUAAAAUAUUAUUUGAUGUAUUAUUUGAUAUCAGUUUUCCAAAUAAUAGUGUGUAUAUUACUAGUAAUUAGGAAUUUGAACUUCUUACAAGAUAUUAUGAAGAAUUCAGAUAAUUCAAAGGUUAUUGAACCUUAUAUAGGAGAUAAACCUGAGAUGGUUCAAUUGACUAUUUGGUCUUUACGACUUAGUAUAUUUUCUUCUGCUAUAUCCUUAGUAUUUUGUACUGCUAGUAGCUACUUUAUUUGGCAAAUAAUUAACUAUGUAUUGAAUCAUUCUCAAUACGAUAUCUUAAAUAGAGUUGAAGAUAACCAAAAUGAGUAUCUUAAUUUUUAUAAUAUGAAUAAUUCCAAUAUAUUAAGUACAAAUAACAAUAUGUUGACACCCAAUACAGACACAUUUCAAGUAUUUUCAGGAGUUGGCAGAACUUUAAAAGAUAGUAUGGCAAAGUAA